CACCUCAUUUCUUUUCACCUCAUUUGUUUCAAUACAACAGACAAGUGGAGCAUGGAAAUCCCACUUACAGAUGAAGACAGGAUGUCAUGGCUUGAAUCACUGAGAGAUGCAAUAAAAGAAUCCUUAAUUAACAAAAAGGGUUUGAUUCUUGGUUGUUCUGCAUUGAAGAAGCAAUAUAGAGAAAUACUUAGAUCAGGUGACCCUGAUUAUAAAUUGGAGAGUCAUGCAAGUGUUGUUAACUUCAUUUUAUUGGAUAUUCCUGCUGAAGUGCUAAUUGCUCGAUUAAAUAAGCGAUCUGCAAAAGGAAAACAUUAUAUGCCUGCAUCUCUUCUGCAAUCUCAGUUAGAUUUGCUUAACAUUGAUGAAUCUGAAGGAAUACUUAAAGUUGAUGCUACUUUAAGGCCUAGGGGAAAACAACCCUUUCCAGGGUUGUUUUCAAUCAUGAUUAUGUUGAAUCUCAGUAAUAACAUGAAUAAGUAUUGUAACUUUGUGUACAAUUUUUAG